CUAUCAGGUCGGGAGGCAACUGAGAUGUUUUACCUACAUCUAGUUGUCUUGCUCACUCAGAUGUCCUUUGUCAUGGGUUAGAAUGUCUGGGAGAUUAUCUUGGGGGGCAGAAACUUGGCAGAGAAACAACUUCUCAAGAUAUUUGAGCAAAACCAACAAUGUUCCUGGAGUUCAUGAAAUGUCCAUGCUGGGAAUAGGAGAAUAGGAGAGUAUUUUCAUCAGUCCCCAUUGGGUCUCUCUGUCCUCUGAUUUGUGCUUGGCUAAGGUGCUCCAGCCCCCAGUUCACUCAGCCACACUCACCAUGUGUGAAGAAGAAACCACCGCACUUGUGUGUGACAAUGGCUCUGGCUUGUGCAAGGCAGGUUUUGCAGGUGAUGAUGCCCCCCGGGCUGUCUUCCCUUCCAUCGUAGGCCGCCCUCGCCACCAGGGUGUAAUGGUGGGAAUGGGCCAGAAAGACAGCUAUGUGGGGGAUGAAGCUCAGAGCAAGCGAGGGAUCCUUACCCUCAAGUACCCCAUUGAACAUGGCAUCAUCACCAACUGGGACGACAUGGAGAAGAUCUGGCACCACUCUUUCUACAAUGAGCUGCGGGUAGCACCAGAAGAACAUCCCACCCUGCUCACAGAGGCUCCACUAAAUCCCAAGGCCAACAGGGAGAAGAUGACCCAGAUCAUGUUUGAAACUUUCAAUGUCCCUGCUAUGUAUGUCGCCAUUCAAGCUGUGCUCUCCCUCUAUGCCUCUGGCCGCACCACAGGCAUUGUCCUGGAUUCAGGGGAUGGGGUCACCCACAAUGUCCCCAUCUAUGAGGGCUAUGCCUUGCCCCAUGCCAUCAUGCGCCUUGACCUGGCUGGCCGAGACCUCACAGACUACCUCAUGAAGAUCCUCACAGAGAGAGGCUAUUCUUUUGUGACCACAGCUGAGCGAGAAAUCGUGCGAGAUAUCAAGGAGAAGCUGUGCUAUGUGGCCCUGGAUUUUGAGAAUGAGAUGGCCACAGCAGCCUCAUCUUCCUCCCUGGAGAAGAGCUAUGAACUACCAGAUGGGCAGGUCAUCACCAUUGGCAACGAGCGCUUCCGCUGCCCUGAGACCCUCUUCCAGCCUUCCUUCAUUGGCAUGGAAUCUGCUGGAAUUCAUGAGACAACCUACAAUUCUAUUAUGAAGUGUGACAUUGACAUCCGUAAGGAUCUGUACGCCAACAAUGUCCUUUCUGGAGGCACCACCAUGUACCCUGGCAUUGCUGACAGGAUGCAGAAGGAGAUCACAGCCCUGGCCCCCAGUACCAUGAAGAUCAAGAUUAUUGCUCCCCCAGAGCGGAAGUACUCAGUCUGGAUUGGAGGCUCCAUUCUGGCCUCUCUCUCCACCUUCCAGCAAAUGUGGAUCAGCAAGCCUGAGUACGACGAAGCAGGCCCCUCCAUUGUCCACAGGAAGUGCUUCUAAAGUCGGAACAGUUUCUCUGAGUAACCCUUUGAGAUUGCUGUUAUCAGUCAUGAAACAUUAAAAUCUGCAAGACUUAUUU